AUGGUGGCCCCGCGGCCGGCGCCCGUCCUGGGCCCCGCGCUCCUCCUCCUGUUCCUGCUGGCCACGGCGCGCGGCCAGGAGCAGGAUCAGACCACCGACUGGAGGGCUACCCUCAAGACCAUCCGCAACGGCAUCCACAAGAUCGACACGUACCUCAACGCCGCGCUAGACCUACUGGGCGGCGAGGACGGGCUCUGCCUCUACAAGUGCAGCGACGGAUCGAAGCCUGUUCCACGCUAUGGAUAUAAACCGUCCCCACCAAAUGGAUGCGGCUCUCCAUUGUUUGGUGUUCAUCUGAACAUUGGCAUCCCUUCCCUGACAAAGUGCUGCAAUCAACACGACAGGUGCUAUGAGACCUGUGGGAAAAGCAAGAACGACUGUGACGAGGGCUUCCAGGACUGCCUCUCCAAGAUCUGCCGAGGUGUACAGAAGACGCUAGGGCUCACCGAGAACAUUCAGGCAUGUGAAACAACGGUGGAGCUCCUGUUUGACAGUGUCAUACAUUUAGGCUGCAAGCCAUACCUGGACAGCCAGCGAGCUGCCUGUUGGUGUCGAUAUGAGGAAAAAACAGAUCUGUAAAGAAGACACUGACGGUC